GUGCAUAGCAACACCGGCGUGCGAAUGGUAUACACAACAUCAGAAGACCAAACAGAAUCAACACCCGCAGAGAGCUCAAUAAAACCAGCAAAUAUUUUCUUCAACCAUUCCAGACUUUGUACACGCCCAGUGCAUCCAACACUAAAGGAAAAUGAGCAGCGAUAACGCGUGUAAAUGUUAUCAGGUCAUCUCUCCCGCGCCUCAAAGAACUGGAUUUGAACGUCUUAGGGACAGCUAUGUGUUUGAUCUUAUGGCGAACGUGCUUUUCCUGAUCUUGGCUGCUUUGAUUGUGAUUUCUUUUCUGGAGACCCACCUCCAUGUUGUGCUGUUUCCUGACUGGGAUACCUGGCACCUACUGAAGGCAGCUCACAGGUUCCCCUUCAACUGUCUUCCAAAAGUGGAACACUCUCCGUACAAAGAGGACCAGCACCCUGGCAGACACGACCAGCACCCUGGCAGACACGACCAGCAUCAUGGCCGACAAGAAGCGUCAAAAGAGCCACUGACCCAGUAUGGGAAGUUAGACCACCCUCCUCUCAAUCGCAAGGCCGGGGAUGCACCGAACGUAAAACAUGAGGCGGCCCCAGGGGGGAAACAUGAGGCGGCCUCAGGGGGGAAACAUGAGGCGGCCUCAGGGGGGAAACCCGAUGGCCCGCCCAAACAAGGACCACCUGGGAAUGGCCGGAAAGAUGCACGGGCUAAGCCGGAACAGAAAAACGGGCACGCCAACGGAAACGGUCACGGAAACGGUCACGGAAACGGUCACGGAAACGGUCACGGAAACGGUCACGGAAAUGGACAUAAGAAUGGUCAUGGUCAUGGUCGUGGAGAAGGUCAAGGUCGAGGAGAAGGUCAUGGUCGUGGAGAAGGUCGAGGAGAGGGCCGUCCACCCGCCCACGUGAAUACCCACGAACAGGCUGGAGGCGGGAAACAAGAAGACCAGCACGAAUCGCCCUAG